UUCCUCUUACACGGAACCCUGUGGAGAGAUUAGUGUGUAGUGGGGGGAAGGAUUUUUGUGUUGCACCUGAAGAGCUGAAGAGGUAGAGAUGGCGCGAGCAGCCAAGAGCGCGGUGGUGAUGUGUAUGGAUGUGGGUCUCGCGAUGACGCACUCCCACCAGGGGGAGGAGACUCCAUUCGAACAAGCCAAGAAAGUGAUGACGCUGUUUGUGCAAAGACAGGUGUUUGCAGAGAGUAAAGAUGAGAUUGCGGUGGUUCUCUUUGGCACGGAUGACACGGAUAAUUCUCUGGCUGAUGGGGAUCAAUAUCAGAACAUCUCCGUCCACCGACAUCUCAUCAUGCCCGACUUCGAUCUGCUGGAGGAGAUUCAGGAAGUCAUCCAGCCUGGAAAUCAACAAGCUGACUUCCUCGACGCCCUCAUCGUUUCCAUGGACAUUCUGCAGAAGGAAACGCUAGGGAAAAAAUACGACAAGCUGCACAUCGCUGUGUUCACAGACCUCAGUAGCCCCUUCAGUGAGGAUCAGCUGGAGAUCAUCAUCGCCAACCUGAAGAAAGCCGGCAUCACCCUGCAGUUCUUUCUCCCGUUUCCUGUGGAUGAAGAUGAGGGCGGAGCUGGUGACAGAGAAGGAGGAGGAGGAGAAGCUGGAAGCAGACGAGGACCCGGUAAAGGGUUUUCUGAGCAACAGAAGGAUGGCGUCCAGAUGGUGAGGAAGAUCAUGUUCGCUCUGGAGGGUCAGGAUGGCCUGGACGAGGUUUACACUUUCAGGGACAGUCUGGAACAGCUUUCCAUCUUUAAGAAGAUAGAGAGAAGACCUAUGCCGUGGCCCUGCCAGCUUACCAUCGGCUCCAAAAUUUCCAUACGCAUUGUGGGGUACAAAUCUGUGACGGAGGAGAAGGUGAAGAAGAGUUGGGCCAUCGUAGACGCCAAAACCAUGAGAAAGGAAGACGUACAGAAGGAGACCGUGCAUUGCCUGAAUAACGACGAGGAGACGGAAGUUCAGACAGAUGACAUCAUACAAGGGUUUCGUUAUGGAAGUGACAUAAUACCAUUUUCCAAAGUGGAUCAAGAGCAGAUGAAAUACAAGACCGAGUCCAAAUGUUUCACAGUUCUGGGCUUCACUAAGUCAUCACAGAUCAACAGGACUCAUUUCCUGGGCAAUCAGGUUCUGAGGAUCUUUGCACCUCAGGAUGACGAUUCUGCAGCCGUGGCUCUGUCUGCCCUCAUCCGUGCCCUCGAACAGCUGGAGAUGGUCGCCAUCGUACGUUACGCCUAUGAUAGAAGAUCUAACCCCCAAGUUGGAGUUGCCUUCCCUAUAAUCAAGGAGAAAUACGAGUGCCUUGCUUACGUCCAGCUACCAUACAUGGAAGACCUCCGGCAAUAUCUCUUCUCUUCACUAGAAAACAGCAAGAAGUUCAAGCCCACAGAUGACCAGCUCUCCGCAGUGGACUCUCUGAUUGACAGCAUGAAUUUGGUGUCUGAUGAUGGGGAGGAUUCGGAGGAUCUGUUCAAACCCAGCAAAAUCCCCAACCCCCAGUUCCAGAGGCUGUUCCAGUGCCUACAGCAUAAGGCCUUCCACCCCGAUGACCCCCUUCCACCUAUCGACCAGCAUCUGUUGGACAUGUUGGAGGCUCCGGCAGAAGUUAAAGCCAAUUGUAAAGGUGCAUUAGCCAAAGUGAAGGCCUGCUUCCCUCUGCAAGAGGCCGGGAAGAAGAAGGCGCAGAAGACGGCCCAGGAUAUCUUUGAAGACAAAAACCAGGAACCCGAUGCCAAGAGACUCAAAGGUGAAGAUGUGGAUUUCAGCAUCGCUCACCUGGCUGAUGGCAAUGUCACCUCAGUGGGCAGUGUGAAUCCGGUGGAAGACUUUCAGGCUUUGCUCAGGCAGAAAAACAUGAACUUCCAGGACGUAAGCAAUCAGCUGGUAAAACAUAUCUAUGGGUUUGUGGACACCAAGCAGUCCCAGUAUUACCUGAAGAGUAUGAACUGUAUAAAGUGUUUGCGGAAAGAAGCCAUUCGGCUGUCACAGGCUCAGAUUUUUAAUGAUUUCCUCCAGUCGCUGAAAGAGAAGACAGCGGGGGGCAGCCUUAAAGAAUUCUGGGAAAUUGUCAUUCAAGAUGUCGUGUCCCUGAUCACAUCCGAGGAAUCGUCAGACAGCUCUGUGACUCCCGAAGAGGCCAAACAGUUCUUGGCCCAAGCUGAGAAGAAACCAGAAGACACCUCCAUGGUGGAAGAAGAAGAUGUGGAUGAUCUGUUUGAUCUGCUUUAACCCACAACCCAGGAGGACACUACAGGAACGAGGCACUUACUGGAGGCGCAGGACCAAAGUCAACAAUGUUUACGUCUGUCUGUUAUGUUGUGUGUGGCCGGAGAAUUGGGAGGGACGGUUUUGUAUGAUACAGAGUGGAAGGUGCUUGGGUAGUCUGUAUUGGCAUUAAUGGAGUGCAAAAAUUAUUUGUAGGGUUAAAUGAAGAGCUUUCAGAAAUAUUGAAACCACUUAAAUGACGACUGUCAUAGCACUAAGGAAAUAUUCGUGUCUGCAAAUAAGGAUUAAAACUUUAAUUUCUAUAAUAA